AUGUCGCGCCCCGAAGAUGUCUUGCCUCCAGAUCUCUUCUAUGAUGAUAAUGAAUCGCGUAAAUACACAACCUCAUCACGUAUCCGAAACAUCCAGUCCAACAUGGCACAUCGGGCUCUUGAUCUUCUAGAUCUUCGUUCGCCAUCUCUCAUACUAGAUAUUGGUUGCGGCUCCGGUCUCUCCGGCGAGAUUCUUUCACAGGUUCCCUCCGAACAAGGUGGUCCGCACACCUGGGUAGGCAUGGACAUCUCACCCAGCAUGCUUGAUGUCGCACUUCAACGGGGUGUGGAAGGCGACCUCUUUCUUGCCGAUAUUGGACAAGGUGUGCCAUUCCGCCCUGGAACAUUCGAUGCGGCUAUCAGUAUCAGUGCUAUCCAGUGGCUGUGCAAUGCGGAGACAAGCGACGUUAGUCCCGAAGGUCGCUUGCGUCGCUUCUUUGAGGGUCUCUAUGCUAGUCUGCGACGCGGAGGCCGUGCAGUGUGUCAAUUUUAUCCGAAAAACGACGCUCAGCGGAGUAUGAUCAGCGGGGCUGCUAUGAAGGCUGGAUUUGGAGCAGGUAUCCUGGAAGAUGAUCCUGGCACAAAAAAUAGCAAGCUUUAUCUCGUUCUUACGGUUGGAGGUGGUGGAUUGCAAGGGGACAUCACUGGUAUUGUGGAUGGCAUGGAUGACAUUGAUGUCUUGGACGCCCGGAAAAGGGCCAUGGAACGUAGCAAACCAGUCUUAUCAAGAAAAGGGGAUAAGGCUUGGAUUUUACGCAAGAAGGAUCAAAUGGCACGGAAGGGCAAGGUUGUUAAAGCGGAUUCUAAGUACACUGGCAGAAAACGACGCCCUGCUUUCUGA